GGGAUGCAUCUACCGGUGGGUUCCGUGGGCUGCGGGGAGAAUUACGGCACCGUUGGAUCUCACGAAGGCGCCGGCCCGUGUGGUCCCUCCCUGGCGCCGCUGCAAGGUGUAAACAGCAGGUACCACCAAGUAGACGACGCCGACGCCGGAGGUGGAGGCGGCGAAAUGAGCGAAAGUGCCGCCGUCGGCGAACUAUGGUGGACCGAAAGGCUCGUCGGCGAAGCGCAGGCCGAGCAUCCUGGAGAACUGGUUAGGACAGGCUCGCCAUACUUUCUGUGCAGUCAGCUACCAACGCACUGGCGGUCCAACAAAACGCUUCCAGUGGCAUUUAAAGUGGUUGCCCUCGGCGAGAUUGGCGAUGGGACCCUAGUGACAGUUCGAGCUGGUAAUGACGAGAACUGUUGCGCCGAAUUACGAAACUCCACCGCGUUAAUGAAGAAUCAAGUCGCCAAAUUUAACGACCUCAGAUUCGUCGGCAGAAGUGGCAGAGGAAAAAGCUUCAGCAUCACCAUUACCGUGUCGACGACACCACCCCAAGUAGCGACCUACACGAGGGCGAUUAAGGUGACCGUCGAUGGACCACGGGAGCCACGAUCGAAAACGAGGCAGCAACAUCAGCAAUUUCGCGCGCUCGGUCUAGGACAAAGGCCCUUCCUCGACGCGCCGACCUCAUUCAGGUCCCACUUGCGAGAACUCGAAUCGUUCGGGAGGAAUAAGCAUCACCAUCAUCACAGCAGCAGUCACUUACACGACCAGCAGACUGGCAACAACGUCACCACGAAUUCGGUUAGCGGUGCCUGCACCAACCCCAACAACACCGACCCGACCGCAUCGCCGGCUUCCAGUACACACCUCGGGGCUACUGGCGGCUCUUCCGUUCAUCACGAUUGCUACAAGCGCAGUCCUCAGCACGGCGACACGGGUAUCGGUACUACAGAAUGGGCUUAUCCAUCCACAGCACCGUCUUAUCCGGCUCCUCCAGUUAGCAGCAGUGGUUCCUAUUCUCCUUUACCUGGCGGUGCAUUUUCAUAUCCAGGGGAAUCAUUGUCACAUCAUCCAACGACGGAACCGGUGCCAUUGCCAACCGUACUUCCUUCGGAAACUCAACAGGAUACCUACACGCCGAAUUGCGUGUCCAUGUACUCAGGACAUGGCACUUCGCCGACCACGUCCUUGCCCUUGGUGCCGACCAGACCCAGCGACCCUGACAUCUUUGCUAGCGGUGGCACGGGUAGUGCAGGUAGUCCGGGUUACCAUUACAGUUCCUGGACACCUGGUCCGGCGACCCCAGUCCCAGUGGCUUCCCACAAUUACAACCCCAAUUAUCAAGGCUACUACAACAAUCCGAGUCAGAAUUACAUCACAGGCCCGACACCAAUGGUCCUCUAUCCUCAGCUCUACAGCACCGUCAAUCAAAACCAGAUUCAUCUGCAUCUGCACGGCGAUCUGAGCGAGGAACAGGUCACUAUAGCCGGUGGCAAUCUUACCAUCAGUAGCAUCCGAGAGAUCGGCGUACUUGGCGAGGAAAGUGAACAAAGAAACGAUGUAUGGAGGCCGUACUAA